AUGCACUGGCUGCAACCCAUCUCGCUGGCCGGCACCUUGAGCCUGGCCAACAUCUGUCUAGCCGCAAACACCACAUCGACAUCCAACAGUACCUCUGUAUCAACCUACAUUGACCCCAAUGUGCCUACCGGGGUGCCUAUUGCUGGCGACUAUAGCGGCCGCUAUCGCCCCCAGAUUCACUUUUCUCCUCCAAAGCAUUUUAUGAAUGACCCAAACGGCAUGUUCAGAGAUGACCAGGGUACGUGGCAUCUCUACUAUCAGUAUAAUCCUACCGGAAUUGCCGCUGGCAAUCAACACUGGGGCCAUGCCACUUCCGAGGACCUCUACCACUGGGUUAACCAGCCAAUCGCGCUGUUUCCUCCCAGGAAGACGCAGUAUAUCUUCUCUGGCAGUGCUGUCACCGACCCCAACAACACGUCCGGAUUCUUCCCGAGCCAAAAGAAUGGUGUCGUCGCCAUUUAUACGCUCGCCGAAUACGGCCAAGACGGCAGCCCUGGGCCACAAACCCAGGCCAUCGCAUACUCCCACGACGGAGGGUACACAUUCACGCCAUAUAAAGGAAAUCCCGUCAUACCAAGCAACUCGUCGCAAUUUCGCGAUCCCAAGGUUGUCUGGUACCAGGAUCACUGGGUGCUGGUCAUAGCCUAUGCUCAGGACUACGAAAUUGGCAUCUUCACCUCCCCUGACCUCAAGGAGUGGAAACACGCCAGUAAUUUCUCCCAUACUGGCCUCUUGACCCUACAGUGGGAGUGUCCCAACCUUGUGCAAAUGCCAUACCUAGAUUCGGAUGGCAAGAAGCAGGAGGACAUGUGGUUGCUGGCUGUCAGUGUCAAUCCAGGAGCGCCGCUCGGGGGCUCCAUCACCCAGUACUAUCCCGGCCACUUCAACGGUACGCAUUUCGAGGCCGUAGACAACGCCGCUCGAAUCGCGGAUUUUGGAAAAGACAACUACGCUGGCCAGUUUUUCUACGGCACGCCCGCAGACGAGCCCCCGGUCUACUUGGGAUGGGCCUCCAACUGGCAGUACACGCAGGUCGUGCCUACUGGCGAAGAAGGCUGGCGAAGCGCCAUGACGCUGCCUCGUCGCUCCUAUUUGACAAAGGCGAAGCGAGUCGGCUGGAGACUUGUGACGGAGCCAUAUGAUCUGGAACCGGUCAUGGGCUCACAGCUGGCCAGCAACAACAGCCUGGUCAAUGGCAGCCUCGCAGUCGACUUUGCCCGCGUUGACUCGAAUGCGCUCUACUGGGAGGCGAACAUCACAAACCUCCCCAAAACUGGCAUACCCGAGUCGGCAACGCUCAACUUUACGCUUUUGGCACCCCAGACGGGCGAAUUCAUCCGUGGCGGCUACUACCUUGGUGGAGACACACCCUUCUUCAUCGACCGUGGCGGCGCCAAGGGCUUCGAUAAUGUCUUUUUCACCGACAAGUUCUCGACAAACACUCUGAUCGACGGAGACUCGUGGCGCAUGAGCGGCAUCAUUGACCGGUCCAUUCUCGAGGUGUUUCUCGACGGUGGAAUCGAGAGUGCGACGGUCAAUUACUUUACGACGCAGCCACUCAGCUUGAUGGUUUUGAGCACGUCCGACAUGCCCAAGGGCGCCAAUGUCAGCGUCAGCGUGCACGCCCUGGAGAGUGCCUGGGCGAACAUGGCUGACAAAGGCGACGGGUUGGUGCAUGGCAACCAGACUGGAAACGGCACUGCCAGUGAAAGUAAAAGUCGGCUGUUCGGCGUCGCCUUGUGA